GGGGCCUUGAGUCACAGUGGCCUGGGGUGGACCCAGGCUCAGCUGUAGAGGCGGCUGCAGAGAGCUGCGGCUUUGGCCUUGCUGACUGCUCACCUGCCGGCUGGCCGGCCCUCAGGGCCACCAGGCACCGCCCGCCUUCUUCCCAGGCAAGCCAGCUUCCUGGACCAUCCGACAGGAGCUCAAGCGCUGCAGCAUGGCGCGCGGCUGCCUGCAGGGCGUCAAGUACCUCAUGUUCGCCUUCAACCUGCUCUUCUGGCUGGGCGGCUGCGGCAUCCUGGGCGUGGGCAUCUGGCUGGCGGCCACACAGGGGAACUUCGCCACCCUGUCUUCCUCCUUCCCGUCGCUGUCGGCCGCCAACCUGCUCAUCGUCACCGGCGCCUUCGUGAUGGCCAUCGGCUUUGUGGGCUGCAUCGGGGCCAUCAAGGAGAACAGAUGCCUCCUGCUCACCUUCUUCGUGGCGCUGCUACUGGUGUUCCUGCUAGAGGCCUGCAUCACCAUCCUCUUCUUCGCCUACACUGACAAGAUCGACAGGUACGCCCAGCAGGACCUGAAGAAGGGCCUGCACCUGUACGGCACCCCGGGCAACGUGGGCCUUACCAACGCCUGGAGCAUCAUCCAGACGGACUUCCGCUGCUGCGGGGUCUCCAACUACACCGACUGGUUCGAGGUCUACAACGCCACGCGUGUCCCCGACUCCUGCUGCCUGGAGUUCAGCGAGAGCUGCGGGCUGCACGCGCCCGGCACCUGGUGGAAAGCGCCGUGUUACGAGACUGUGAAGAUGUGGCUCCAGGAGAACCUGCUGGCUGUGGGCGUCUUCGGGCUGUGCACGGCCCUGGUGCAGAUCCUGGGCCUGACCUUCGCCAUGACCAUGUACUGCCAGGUGGUGAGCGCGGACACCUACUGUGCAUAGCUGCCAGCUGCCCGCCACCCUGCUUCGCCGCCAAAGGAUGUCGCCCCCCCCGGAGAUGGCCGUGCCCCCGCCUGCCUCUCCUGCCAGACCUCUCACCGGCCCGGGCCUGGGAGCCCCUGGGACUCCCGGCCUCAGCAGCGCCGUGCCCAAGCAGGCGGGGUGCUGGGCUCCGCGGGGGUUUCUGGCGCUUUUCUUGCCCGAGUGCUCUCCAGGGCAGUGUUUCCCCACCAGCCCCGUCUGGGUUGGGGUGGGAGGUGAGGGGCUCCCCGCUGGCCCUGGUGCUGGAGACGGGCCUCAGGCUGCUCCCUCACACCCUGCAGUGGGGCCGCGGCAGGCUCCAGGCACGUCUAAUAAAGUGUGGGCAGCAGUCCCCCUCCGUGUGUCUCAGUGCCUGACCCGGGGGGGGGCCACACCCAGGCGGGCCCUGGGGGCCGUGGGCCCUGCACCCACUCCCACCGCCUGCUGCUUGGAGGGGGGCUCCGGGACAGGCGCGGCCCCGCCGCCUGCACGGGUCGGCAAGGAAGCCCAGAAGGUGGGCUCCAAGCUGUGGCAGAGGGGCCCCGAGCCUUGCUGACCCACCCGUGGCCAGUGUGGCGGGCACGCCAUCUCCACGCCCCUGCUCCUGACUUGGGGGUGCUCCCCCAGCCUCAGGGCCGCCA